AGUGCCCUAUGAUGCAUUGUUUUGGUUGUCGUUUGAUUGCAUCAUCAGGGUGACCAGUGAAUUACGAGACUUUUGAAAUGCGGAAGAAAUGACUUCGGUUUUUACAUUGGGAAAGUCUACUUGGUUUGAUUACACAACCUUGUGCAAGCAAAGGCGAGAUGCUUUUAUGCUCCAAAGGCUAAAUUUAAAAAAUACGGGUUCCUAUAUUUCACAUCAUUCUCCGUUCGUUUACCAGCAAAUGAAAACAAUUAUUUGACACAAAUACGAAUUUAAUGGAGUAUUCAUUACCAUCUACUGAACGUAAAUAUACUGGGUGUUUGAAAAGUAAGGCGUCCCAAAUAAAAAUGGAGGGCAUCGUGGAUGAAAGUGGCCAGGUGGAUCCCCUGGCCCCAUCUCCAGACCCUCAAGGACCUAUUGUAUCAUCAGUGCAGAGUGUCAUUCAACCGACCCAGCAGUCCGUGAUCCAGACAGCAGCUAACAUCCAACCAAUGCUCAGCAAAGGCAACGUAAUUCUAGUCAGCAAACCCAACUCGGUGAUACAAACCACGCAAGGCAGUCUACAGACGUUAAGGGAUCACCCCAAGGCUAUUAUGUUGGAGCAUUUAAAUAAUUCUUACGUAGUGGACGCAGGCAGCGAUGACAGUUUUUCUGAAGAAGAAUCGCCGAAAAAACGAAGAGAUCUGCUUACCAGAAGGCCGUCUUACAGAAAAAUCCUGAACGAACUCGGCGGUGGAGAAAUAGCCGAUACAAAGAUCGAGCAGACAUCUUCAGAGGCAGACAGUGAGUUGUCAUCUCACUCUAUCCCAUACCACACAGUGUUGCCGGCAACGGCGAUACAGAUAACGAGCGGUGAAGGUGGGCAGGGCAUCCAAACGCUGACGAUGACGAACGCCACUGCCGGAGGGGCCAUCGUGCAGUAUGCUCAAGGCAAGGAAUAUUCGGUAAUACUCGAUUGCGUACCGACAAUCAAGAACGAGAGAGCCGAACUCGGGAGCCCGAAUAGUAGCGAAGAUUCGCAAUCUAUUAGUUCUGUUCACUUGUCGCCUAGUUCACCAGCGGUCGUUGCGCAAGGUGGCAACAUCUCCGGAGGUACAGGCGAGGAUCAGGCUAGGAAACGAGAGAUGCGAUUGCUCAAGAACAGGGAAGCAGCCAGGGAAUGUAGGAGGAAAAAAAAGGAGUACAUCAAAUGCCUUGAAAACCGGGUGGCGGUGUUAGAAAACCAGAACAAAGCCCUGAUCGAAGAGCUCAAAUCGCUCAAAGAGCUGUACUGUCAACAGAAAGGUGAAUGAGAAUGACUGAUAAGAGAUGCGCUAGUGCGUUGUUGCCGUUUCUCUACCUUUUGCGACGUAGUGCUGAAAUCCGUGAUGGUCUCGGUAGUGACAGAGUAUUUAUUUUUAUUAUGAAGGCGGACACCGAGAAGGCAGAUGUAUAGUCAUGGGAAAUCGAAAAUUCGCGUGACUUUUAGUCAUCCGUGCUUAACCGCUGUUUGACGAAAUUUCGAUUUGUCAUCUCGGCCGUAUACAUUUGUAUAAAGGGAUGGGAUGGAAGAGGGACAUUUUGUUACCAUAUAGCUUUACGAGGAUCGAGAAAGUGUUAUUGUCAAUUUAUAAGAAGAUUCUUAGUUCGAUCUCAGGAUGUAUCAUGCAUAAUGCAUUUUAAGAUAUUCUUACUAGUAUCUUUAAAAUAGCAGACACAAACAUUAUACAUAUUAUGUGCUUUCUACUUGGUAGUUGAGCAUUUGUUCUAUUACUAACCAGACACCGAGAAAAAGUAAAAUAGUAUAACUGAGUAAUUUUUCAUAGAAGUUUUAAUGAAAAUAUCUAAAAAUUGAAAUAGAAAUGCGGAAAAUUUGUAUAUGUUCGUCACGUAUUUUUGCAAAGUUUGAUCAAAAUCGACAAUUUUAUCCCCUAUAACAUCAAGACGCGACCUGAUAGAGAACUUGAUAUUUUUCAGAAUUAUUUCCGUUUUUGACAAAAAUAAUCAUAUGCUUAAAAUGAUGAUCUGUAUAGACAUUAAAACGUUACCUUGAAGUUUGAAUAAAACUCUCCGUCUCGUUUUUGAAAUAUUUGGCUUAACCCGUGGUACUGUCGUAUUGAUAUUUUUCCAAUAUUUUAUCUUAUGAAGAAAAAUAAUUAUACAGGGUGUCCCGAAAGUUGGCACUUUACAAAGCGUCGGACAACAAUAAGCAAGUUUUCUUAGUAAAACAUACACCGAACCGUUACGUCACAAGGUACGAUGUUUAGUGGUACUUUCAAAAAACGUCACCUUGACAUUUUCGAGCGCAGUUUUUUUUAUGUGGAAGAAAAAUCGGACCAUUUAAAUAAGCUGAAAAGUUUUGUGCGCGCAGCUGCAGUAGAGCCUGUAUUCUCUACUCCGCGGCUCUGUACUUAUGAAUAAAUUCUAUUUCUUGUCAUAACUUCACAAGGACACCCUUUAUAGAUAUUCAAAAACCUGGCCCUAUCAAUUGUGAGCGACAUUACUGCAAAAUAGAAAGGUAAUGUUCAAAUUAGUUUUUGGCAUAUUUAGCAAAAAAGGAUUCCGUCGUAUGGUCCACGUACAGUCCAAUUUUGUCGCCACUAGGCGUGUUAUAAUUGGUUGUGCAGUCGAGUAGGAAAUUUUUUCACAUUUUGAUACUCAGCUUAUAAUUCAGGAUUGUUUUUAUUAAAAACUAGUUUUGGACGUAGGUAAUGUUUUAAAAGUGCAUUUUGCAUGAUAGCACUAUACAGAUGUUCAAAACGCAAUCAAUAACUUGCUAUAGAAAUCUCUGAAUCAAAUGAUUUUUAUCGAAGCAAUAGUAGCAUUUAAUCAAAAUGAUCUACCUCUGCCGAAUAUUUUCCUUAGAGACAUUUGGUACAAAAUUAUGGAUUAAAUUUCAUAAUUUGCAACAUUUUUCUAUACACUAGCGGACAAAAGUUUGCAAAACACUCUUAGUAAUCUUUAAUCUUUGAGAAAUGUCAACACUUCUAAAUAAUUCAAUUGCUUUGUUACUUGAAUGUUUUGAACAUUCUUUUACUUUUGCCAUUCUCACAGAUGUUAAUAUUUAUCGCACGCAAUAUCAAAAUAUCGCAGAACCAAUAAAUACGGCAAAACUGAAAUGUUUCCAUACUUUUGUCGUUACAAACACAUAUUUUUAUUUUCAGAGAAUUUGAAUAGUGAUAAGAUAAACCUUGUAUUAUUACUGGAGACAAAGGUAGAGAUUUAGGUAUAUGAAAUGGUUCAUAAUGUGAAGUAUACACCACUGUUAUGUCCUUAAAAAAUCGGAAAAGUCCUGGGUUCGAUGGUAUUAAAAGCGAGCAUUUGAAAAUUAUAGCCGAGGACAUAACAGAACCACUCACUUACCUAAUCAACAAAUGCUUUGAAUCUGGCAUAUAUCCCUCAAUUUUAAAAAAAGGUAAUAUAAUACCGAUACAUAAAUCAGGAACAAAAACAGAUGUUAACAACUAUAGACCAAUAUCAAUAAUAUCCAGUGUAGCGAAGGUUUUUGAAAAAGUUUUAUCUACUAGAAUGAUUCGAUACCUCACAAAAUUCAAAAUUUUAAGUGAAAAUCAAUAUGGAUUUACAGAAGGGAAGGCUACAUCGGACGCAAUAACUAAAAUUGUAAAUCAAAUACAUCAAAAUAUUGAUAACAGAAUCCCUUCAAUCUGCAUUUUUGUUGAUUUAAAGAAAGCUUUCGACACAGUUAAUCACAAAUUAUUAUUAGAAGCAUUGGAGAGAAUUGGUUUCAGAGGAAACGCGUACUCACUGAUCGAAAGUUAUUUGUCAAAUCGCCCACAAUCUGUGCAGAUAUCAGGAUCAUUUAGUAAAGAAAUGUAUAUUAAGUGGGGUGUCCCACAAGGAACUGUCUUAGGUCCGCUGUUAUUCAAUAUAUAUUUAAAUGAUAUUUUCCAAAUUAAUUGUGUUGGCAAAAUAACUAGUUUUGCAGAUGAUACUGCAAUAUUAUAUGAAGGCACUGACUGGUCUGAUCUGAAAAAUGUAAUUGAAAAUGAUUUUAUCAAAAUUAUUCGGUGGUUUAACAGUAGAAAAUUAAGCAUUAACUACUCUAAAACACAUUUUUACCAUUUGGAUCUUAUGCUAGACAUCUGCCAAAUUACACAAAUUUCUCCUUCAAUAUUAAUGAUCAAAAAAUGCAAAUUAAUAGAGUGCCCAACAUAAAAUACCUUGGAGUGGUCUUGGAUCCUCACUUACGAUGGGACAUCCAUGUCAAUUAUAUUUUAAAGAAAGUUAGAUUUGUAUCCUACAAAAUUAAAUACCUUGGGAAUAUAUUGACAGAAAAAUAUCUUCGAACAUUAUACCAUGCACUGAUUGAGCCUCAUCUCACAUAUGGUAUAUUAGCAUGGGGAGCUGCAUGUUCCUCACAUAUCUAUAAUUUAGAUGUUUUUCAAAAAAGUAUUCUAAAAAUGAUAUUUAAAAAACCGAAACUUUAUCCCACUGAAAAAUUAUAUGCAGAUGUUUGAAUGUAUGAUAUAAGACAGCUUUAUUUCUUACACAGUAUCACUCACUACCAUAAAUUUGUAAACACCGACCAAAAAAUUAAACAUAAUCAUUAUACCAGGUACAAAAUUUUAUGAAAUUAUACCUAAAGACUUACGUUUCGGAAAUUGUUUCAAAAGAAAUUUAAAAAAGUGGCUACAUUCUAUAUCUAGAACUGAAAUUCAUAAACUCAUAAAUACGAACAUCAACUAAAUACAUAAUCUACUGUAGUUAAUUUUUGUCCUUUUUUUGUCAUUUACAUUCUACAGUUUCAACUUAAAUUAUUGGUCCAUGUACAGGCGAUGUCUUCUAUUGAGCCUGUUUUGAUUUUAUAUUUAUUUACUCAUAUUGUUUGAUAUCUUUGUACAUUGAGUAAAUAAAUAUUAUUAUUAUUAUAAUAUUUUGUUUCCAAAUUUUUGUCCGCUAUUGUAUAUCAUUUGCCUGAACACCGAUGUUAUAAAAUUAGUCUGCAUGUUUCUGACUUCUGUAUAGUGCCCUGAUACGUACUAAGAAAAUCUGUUGUCCAAAAUGAAAGUCGAAUUAACUGUACUAAAACACUUGCUAAAUUUUAUAUAGCUCUCCGAAGAGUCAUAAAAUUUGGAACACCGUACGAUAUAUCUCUACAUUAUGGGUUUUAAAAAGGCUUGUGAAAAAAACGUAUUUAGUUUGUAUAAAAAGCCAAUGUAUAUAUUUGAAUACUUAGACGUAUAAACUGAAAAUGUAAUGCGAGAAUGGCUGAUAACAAACUAAUAUUACAGAAAACAAAAGAUAACGUUACUGUGUUCGAGAGGUGACGUUUUUAAUGGCGGAGUUUCAUAGUGCCGUCAACAUUUUAUACUCGGGAUUUUUUUGUGGACUACACGCAUCUAUUGUAGUUUUUUUGUUCGCAAAAAAAUCAAGCCAGGUUGAGAGAACAUAUUAUUAUCGUAAUCAGCCACUUCUCAUAGAGUGCCUUUGGUAGAAAUUAAACGAAUGCCGCUUUCAGUUGGUAGAACUUUUCAAUAGUGCCAUCGUAUCUGAUCCCCGAAUCAGUUUAUAUUUUUUGUCAAAAUUUACAAAAGGUUCUACAAACUGCGGGCGCGAACACAAAGAAAAAACGUCGACGCUGAAAAACACUCAGAGUAGUAAACACACUGUAUUAUAGUUGUAUGUAUUUUUACAUAUCAGAGAAAGUACUCUAUUUUGCAUAACCAAAGCGUAAACGUGUUAUUUGACGGAUAAUUUGUGUAUAAAUUGUAUUGUUUCCGAGAGAAUAAAACGCUCGAUUGUUGAAAAGAAUAUCGCGUGUUUAUUCUUUUAUUUGAUUGGUGGUGUUACGGAUCCUGCUCAUGCCGAAUCCCGAUAUCAACAAAAUCACAAAACCUUGUCUCGUUGUGACGUUAUUUUAACUAAGGACCGAAUGCAUAACUGUUUUUUGAGGACUUCUUUUUGUAAGAGAAUUUGUAAGACAUCAAAUAAGGCGUUUUUUUUUUCAUCUUGUUCAGGACGCUCCUUUGUUCGGUUUUCGUCUGCCGGUCGUAUGACGUCACUCAGAGAGUGGUUUUCAAUUAGGGAGUUACCACAGCAGUGUCAAUAUUGUUCGACUAUUUUGUUCACUGCAAACGAAACUGUAUUUUGAUAAUUACAAAUAUUACAAAAUAAAGCUAUUUGAAAUAGAAAUAAAAAUAAAUGUUAUGCUGACAGGUCUUAAAUAUCAAAAAAUUCAUAACCUACUUGUUUUUCAUUUUCAAGUUAAUAAAUCAUAUUCUACCGAAUCAUUUAGAAAAUUGUAUUGAAUUGAAAAAUGAGUACCAUAGUUAUUCUGAACUAUAGACUUAUACAGGGUGGCCGAUAUGUAACUGACUGGUUUUUAUCUUGAAUAUUUGUGAAAUGAAAUAAAAUACGUCCAUUUUUUUCAUCUCAAUCUUCUACUGAAACUUAGAAAUAAUCCCUUAUUUAUCCUCCAACCAUUAGGACGCCAGGCCGUGAAGUCAUACGAAAAUGGGACCACUCACCAUGCGCAUGCAUCUGUACGUGCCUCUUGUUAUCCAUAAUUUAAGGCUUGAUGCAGAAUGCGUUUUAUAUGCGUAGCGUUUUUUGAGGACCGUGACGAAAUAACAAACCCUUGAAGUUGAAUGACAACGCAAGGGAAUAAAAAAGGCUCAAAUCGAACAAAGUAGCAUUCACCCUCGAGGCAAAUAUUAUUGCAUAUAUCAGAAGUGUCAAGACAAAUGAGGCGACCUCACAAUAAGGAUGCCUCAAGCUAAUACAAGACUAUGCACUCACAUUUAUCGACGUUCCUUGAAGAUCGAGUGCCGAAAAUCGUGUUCUAAAAUUUUGAAUUUGAAAAUCUGUGUUUACAACUUACUACGAAAUGCAAAUGGUAAAUGGUUCAAUGAAAGAAGCGUUAUUAUAUAAAUUUCUCAAUCUUCAAGGACCGUCUAUAAAUGUGACCCUAAAACACUUGAACAGUAAUUUUGUCAUUAAUUUUCUUAACUACUUGGAAAGGGAGGAUCCAACACCAUUCAAGCAUGUCUCGAAUGUUAUUUUAGAAUCAAAUGUAUAUUUCCUUUGCAAUUCAAGAAAUGUCGGGUUGUACGUUGAACAGAUAUUUAAGUUAAAAUAUCUGAUUAUAUUGAUUUUCGGGUUUGGAACUGAAAUAGAGUUCCAUUGUCAGAUCAUUGCUAUUUUUUAAUAGCCACCUUAGUAGUUAGGUGAAUUUGUAAAUAAGACUUGUUAGGUGUUAUUAGUUGAUGAAUUCAUUUAUUACCAAUAAAAAAGAAUAUUUUA